CCAGCUUCUGCACCCAAGCUCAUAACCCGGCUAUCUGCAUGAUGUCAUCGUUCUCCAGGUCUCCGGGCAGUGCGCACUUGGUCCAAAAAAUGCGGAGGCAACCUGAAAAUGCUCAAUCAAGCCUCUCUCCACCUCAUCGAUUAAACAGCUGAAAACAAGAAAUGUCUGUACAUCAACCUCCACCAUACUCUCCAGUAAAUGACAAGCUGGCUUCCAAAUCUGCGCCUGUUCGCAACGUGCCUCGGGCGGUCACCACCAGCCUGAUUCCCGAGUCCCAAUUAAGUGCCCUCAAAGGCUACGAUAUUGUGUACCUUGUAGAUGACAGCAGCCUGAUGGCAUGGCGGGAAAAAAUCUCUGGCAUCGUGCCAUGGCCCAGUGCACGUGACGCCUUGGUGUCCUUCAGCAAUUUGUGUGCCGAAUGGGACGACGACGGCCAGGAUAUAUAUUUCAUCAAUAGGCCACAAGGCCUUAAGGGAUGCACGCCAGACGAAAUAGCACAUGCGUUUGACAGUGCGCCUCCCUCGGGACUGACAAACAUGGGCCGCAAGCUCCAGCAGAUUGCCUAUGAAUAUUUCAAGGAUUUUGACCCCAUUCAGACAAAACCCGUGAAUAUCAUCGCCAUCACAGACGGCGAGUUCACGGAUGAUGUCGAGACCGUGGUGCGGUGGAUCGUAAAGAACUUAGAGAAGAAGAACGCCCUUGCCAACUCUUUUGGAAUCCAAUUUGUGCAGAUUGGCGCCGAUAUCAAAGCGAAGAAACACCUCGAAUACUUGGAUGACAAUCUUUCUGAUCUCUCGCGUGACAUUGUCGAUACCGUGCCCUGGUUGGAACAUAGAGUCGACGGCCGAGGCUUCGACGGAAAGUAUCUUUUGAAGGCUGUUUGUGGCGCCAUCAACAAGAAGUUGGACAAUGAUAACAUGAACACACGCAAGAAAAGUGGCCCAGACAAGCAAAAGAGACCGGGGACUUUCCGAAGACUAUUCGGUCGUUCUUGAGAAGCUCGAGAGAAAUCCUGAAGAGCAAGAAAAGUGCUUCCUAGGCUUUAGCUUAUAAAUCAGCCUGUCUUUGGGGCCGGCUGAUGAUGUUUAAUUCUCGUCUUUCAAACUCACCGGAGAGUUCCUAUCUCUCGGGACUGGAUUUGAAACACACUGUUUUUUUCUUUCAUAAUUUUGGCGGAUGCGUUUCUUUCCCCCGAUCAAUUCUUGAGAUUCUGCCUCGAUGAAAUAAUGCAGGCUGUUUGCAACAUAAUUAUAUAUAAAGCGUUUCGCCCGAAGCUUGCUUCCAUCAAUAAACACUUUUCGAG